UAAAAGAAUAAAAGCAUAAAUUUUAAAAAAAUCUCUAAAUUAAAGCUCACCAUCCCCUAUCAAAACUCAAAAAGUUCUCUUGAUCCCCCAAAACAAAAUAAGAAUAAGGAGACGAAUGGACCCAGAACGAAUUCCUCCGCAAAGUUAGAAGGCAAAACAACAUUGUAUGAUUAAUUGAUUAUGCAUCUUUGAAGAUACUUAAUCAUGACAUCUUCUCAAGCACCAAAUAAAAAGGUGAAAUCGACGUAACAAAUCUGAAAGUUGCAGACCGAAGAAGUCCCUUCUAAUGAAGGUCAACCAUCUUUCCGGUCUUUUGAUGAAGAAAAUAUUUACAAACUUGUUGAAGAGUUUUAUCCUCGAGAUUAUGAAGGUAUGAGAUGCAUUGUUUGAAGAAUGAGCUAUGAUAUUAUGCCGCUCAUGUAGUUUCUUCCCUCACAAAAUUACUAGAGAAGCUUGUGGAAACAAGGAUGAUACAUGAUACAAAUUGAUUUGUCGACUGAUUCAUAUAGUGUCAACGUUAUCCCAUUUCAACGGCUACUAGAGAGAGAACAUUUUAAACAAUGGAACGUGUGAAAUCUUAUUUGCACAACAAAAUGAGUGAUGAAUUUCUCGCUGAUUUCUUAACUAUUUUCUUUGAUGACAAUAUGCUAUUGGUACGGUUGAAGACUAGUUAUCAACUAUUUUCUUUACAAUUUCCACUAUAAUGAACACUAUAGUUAUUAUAUAUAUUUUUAUAAUAUCUAAUUCUUUAUCAAAUGCGGCCCAGUGCUCUACUAUAUACUGGAUUCGCCAAUGUUUCAUAGCCCAACUAAAAACACAAAGCACACUUUCGUGUUGUUCCUUCCUGCUCAUCACACAACUCUUCAUUUCACAUAAUGUCCCAACUAAAACAAUCAUUGCAAAGAACACUUUGCUAACUUGGAACAUAACAAGAAAAGAAAAUCCAAAAUAUUUUAACCUUGUUUCUUUGUCCUUGAUAUCAACUAAUUGCUUAAGGGGACAUGACGGGUUGUGGUCAAGUGGGCUUGAUUGAUUUCAUUGCUGGUGAAAUGUUUGAUAGAACGAGAGUCCUAUAUUUGGAGUUGCUAUUGGCCCAAUGACAGAGGAUCGGUUUGGGAGAAGAUAAGCUUUUAUGCUUUCACUUGGGUUGCUCGCUCAAUCCAAUUGGCAUGGAGUGGCCACCACUUCCGAGUUUGCAUACAGUAAUCUUCUUUACUCUCUUUCACAAGUAUACACACAAAUAUCAGUUGCUUCCAUAGCUCAUGUUUAGAAAAGAAUGAUUUCUAUGACACCACUUGCACUAGACUUGCUUCUUUCUCCGAUCUCUGUUGGUUGCAUUCACCUAUUCUCAAUCCAGUACCUGCACUUAGGGGAAAGGAUUACGACAAUACCAAAAUGAUGUAUCCAGACUACAUUGAAACCAGUUACGGCCUCCAGUAUAAGGUCUAGGACUGAAUCCCAUAUGUUUCUCAAAAUAAAUUCAAGUUCCUGUUUUAUCAUUUUGCACCCAGCUUUGUGUUGAUUCGGUAACCAGAAACAAUGCAGGACCUCCGUCUUGGUCGUGUCACAACUCCUACAAUCGGAAAGACAACUGUGGUGAGCACUUAAUUUUUAAGCACCCAUUUGACGAUUUAGCUGCUUCAUUUGAUCAAGUAAUAGAAGUAAUUGAUUAAAAUCAUUGCCAGGAAGAACUUGGUUCGUUCCAACAUUCAGAGGUUAGAGAGGAUGCUAGAUUUGGGUAAAAAAAGAUGGCAAAUGCUUAAUCACCUGGAUUUAUAAUGAACUUCCUAGAAGGGUAGUUUUCCUUCAUAUCUUCAGGCAUGUAAACCUUUCAAUAGUCACGUUCUGCAUCUUCGUAACAAAAAUUCCUUUUCUCAUCUUAUCACAAGUGCUAGAGUUGAGGGGGGACAAGCAGUAGACAUCCAUAUUAUCUUGGUAGAAACAAGUAUUGAUAGUGGAUCGUAAUUAGCAGCCAAUUUGGGUGUUGUGGUUCCUGAAAGAGAGUUCAAUGAUCGAUGAAAGUAUUUUUGCAAUGCUACUUCGCGAAAAGUUCUGAACAAAUACCACAUAUAGAAAGGUGGCAGGUGGAUUCUGGUGGUUACAACUUUUUGCAGUAUUUUUGCAAUGCUACUUCGUGAAUUUGUUUAUUCAACACUGUCUACCAUCAUAGCAAAAUUCAUUAGCUAAUGACCCUGUUUCUUUGUUAAAAGAGAGUGGAAAUAAUAAUGUAGUUGAAAUCUAGAAGAGUUUCCCUUGACCUGUUACAAGUAAUAUAUAUUUGAACGUUCUUUACCUGUUGCUGCACAAUUUUGCUUUUUGAUUGCUUAUAUCCUUACAGUUUGUGUAGAGCCUGUUGAUAUGAAGUUUGACAUUCUCUUUAUUGUGGCUAUGUGUAUUGCUAUGUAUAAUUGCAUUGCUUGAUUAAGCUGCAACCUGCUACCAAUGAUACCUUUACUUCGCAGUCUAUUUAAAAGUCCUUAGUAUCAAUCUAUUCUCAUUAUGUAUGAUGUUGUUGGAAUAGGUUUGUGAAGAUGCCAUCAUUUGAAUGAAUUUUUACAUGGAAAAUUUGGAAUCCACAGCUAGGAAUGAUCUCCAAUCUGAUUAUGCUUUAAGGGUUAGGCAGAAGUCAGUAUGGACAAUUUCAGUUCAUAGGAUCUAGACGUAGCUUCUUCCUUUCAUGUCAUGAUUUAUUGCAAUUCUAAUUAAUGAAUUUUCCUUGGUAGUUAUUCGGAGUUGUUUAACGUUUGAUUAGAGUUCCCUAGAGAAUUUCUUAUUUUCAAUCAUUAUGUCAGUCCUGCAACUCAUUGAUGUUCCACAAAGAGUUUCUUCUCGGUCCAUUACUAUUCCUUGCUGCCUUUCUUGAACUUCAGUAGUUUGGAAUGGGUGGAUAACACUGCCUCCUACUACUUCCCGUUUUGCUCUACCACCAGUGGUUUUAUCACAUUGACAAUUUCCAACAUCGCUACAGACUUGCUCAAAGAAACAUAGAUUCCUCAAAGACUCGGAAAGCGCAGAAGAAAGGGUGGAAACCUUGAACAACAGUUAUCUUUUUCAAUUGAGAUGCAGAGGAGUAUGACAUGGUUCUACUCUUUCCUCCCCGUCAUUCUAUCUUAGUUAUGUGUGCGUGUGGCAUAAGCAGAAGGAAAAACAUGACCUACUGCUCUAAACAUGCAGGUAGGAUCAACUAAAUGGGUUAAAGACAAGAACCCAGGUGUGGCAUGGUCUCUACUCUUUUUCAUUCUAUCUUAGUUAUGUGUGUGAAUGUGUCAUAAGCAGAAGGAAAAGCAUAACCUACUGCUCUAAACAUGUAGAUAGGUUCAACUAAAUGGGUUGAAGACAAGAACCCAAGUGUUGAAAUCAAAAGUGGUGGCGUAGUGUGAGCGGAUCUCUUGACCAUUGAAAAUGAGCAACAAAAGUAUUGGUGAAGAGCAACCUCUUGGCCAUUGAAAAUAAGCAACAACAGCAUUGGUACAGUCCAUGUGCUUUCAUUUUCUUUAUAAACUUCAUCGUCUCUGUAUUUGGUACACUAUAUGUCACUUGAUUGUGGUUGGUGCUUCUCUAAAUAUAGUCUAUUAAUUGAUUGGUUUCAGUCAUCAUUUGUGAGAGACAUGUGCUUCAUUCAUCGUGAUACUCAGGCAGCCAACGUACUCUUCGAUUCAAGCUCGAAGCCAAUGUACUUUAUGCAAGUAGGGUGAUGGGAACUUUCGGGUAAUGUUCUGAUGGAGUUUUACUUUUUUGAAGUGGAGAAUAUUAUAGUCAAAUCUUCUGAACUCGAUUUGUUCAUGCAUUUUCUUUGUUUUUAUGUAGAUAUUUGGCUCUCGAGUAUGCUUCAAGUGAAAGCUCUCGGACAAAUUCAGUGCAUUAUGCUUUGGAAUGAUGCUUAUGGAGCAGAUUAAGUAAGUUUCUUUGCUUCACCUUUUAGUUUUCAUAUGCGGAGUAGGCCUUCCGGUUACUUCAGAAAAGAUAAUCAACUUCAUUGCUUUAUUGUUGUUAUGGGACAGGUUAGUACAUUCAUGAGUUAACUGUGACACUCAUUUGAUGAUUGAACUUCCUUAGAAAUACUAGCCACCAAAGCAAGUGAUAACUUUUGCUCCAUGCUUCCAUAUCAGGAGUCAAGUCCUCCCAAUGUUGGGAAAUUCGAUAUACUUUGAAGAGGAAGGAAAUGCAAUAGGACUUUACAUCAUCCAAUACAUAUCUAGCAGCUUCAACUGGGAGUCUGGACAGUUCUUGCUCAAGCAGAAAGUUGCAAUUUGCAAGUGACAUUGACGGUUUUGCUGAAAGAUGUUAAAUACGGUUAGCUAUACUCAUGAACUCUUUUGAGUUGAUUACUUAGCUGCAAAUCAAUGAAAGUCACUGUAUAGUUGUCCAGUAUGGUCAAUUUGUAGUAGAGAAAUGUUGUCAUUAAGGGUUAUACUUAAAUGCAGUCGAAAUGUUGAAAGAGGCAGAAAAACAAUCCUAACUUCAAUUAGCACUCUAAUUUUGGGUUAUAUGACAAAAAAAAUCUGACCCAACGUCAGAUUCUCAUGGUCCCUGGAUUUAAAAUCCUAUAAAAUAGUUUAUGAAACAUAUGAAUUGAAGGACACAUAAACUAUGGAGAGUAAUAAGAUUUUGGUUUCAGGUUUGCCUAUUUGGUAUUAGAAAAUCACCAAGUGAUGGAGCAUGUAUGUCAAAGGUGAUAUUAGAAUUUAUGGUAUUUGCUUGGUAAGUGUUUAUCGACUCUGCGCCUUUAGGUUGUAUUGAACUAGGCGAGAAUGCUAAAUGGAUAUUGGUCAGUAUUAUUUGAGAUUGAAGAGUAACCGAUAAUGAAUGACCGAAAAGGGGUUUCUAACUUCAAAAUGUGAUUGUUUUUCAUGGUUAAACUCAAAUAAAGCCGAUUCAAUGCAAAUAUUAAAUAAUUGCUCGCAAAGAAACAUUAUUUGUUCAAUGACCUUGGUCUCAUUACUCAUGGGUUGGCUACAAAAGAUAACUACACUUUAGUACCUUUCAAGGGCCAUUAUGUUCUAGAGUCGGUCAUCUUCUCUCCAGUAUUUAUUUAGUGUCCUUGGUCCUAUCAGUUGGCGAGAAAAAUCUAAUAGUAACAGUACAUUCCAAUGGCCAUUAUGGCCUAGAUUCGGAUCUCUUCUCUUCCGUAUUUGGUUUUAGCUUCUUACAUAGCCUUCCUUUGGAGAUUCUAUAGCACAUGGAUUUUAGGUUUGUCUCUAUGUUGGUUCUGCUCGAGAAUUCAGAGCGGUGUCGAAACUAGCUGGCUCAAUCUUAUUAUGAGUUUGCUUAGGUAUCCUUAUCAAUUAAAUGUUUGCUUCAAUUGUCAGUAACAUAUCUUUUUAGGCAGAGUACUUUAGUGAGUUUUGUCCCCAUAUUUUUUUCACUACUACAAUUUCUUUAUACACGUGUUGAAUGUUGCUAUCCUUUACAACUAAAGAUUGCUGAAAUUUUACUACGACAAUGUGGGUGUGGAUUGAUUUGAUGUCUAAAGUCUAUUUCUCUUAUUAUUAUAUUGCUUUUAAAUAUACUAUGUUCUUGCGGCGUAGCCGCGGGUAUUGAUACUAGUAUCAAUAAUCAUCUCAUGUCAUAUUCCAUGUGUAGUUAGGAUAGACUAGUACUGCAAUUGUGCUUUCUUUCUACACAUGUGCAUGCAGUGGUAUAUGAUGCAAUUCUGGAUUUAUCAACUUUGAUUUUCGGUACCUAAGAAUCUAAGUUCCCCUUUUCCGUCUCUCUCUAAUUUUUCUUUUUCUCUGACUACUCUCUAGACUUCUCCUUUUCGGGCUAAGUGCGGGGCUGCUGCCGGCGUCUCUCCGGCGACCGACAGCAGCCCCCCCUUUUUUUCCAUCGAUUUGUUCGCUGUGUGCUCUUUUUCCCGAUCUGCUUUACUCUGUUCUUUUCUUUUCUUGCGAUUUGCUCUGUUUCUGCCCCUUGUGGCCUUUCUGUUUCCCUUUGGUGGGUGUCUUGUCUUCCUCCUCAGUGAGUGGAGUCUUUUGGCCUCUGAUUUGGUUUUCCCAGAUCUGGAGAAGUGUUCCCGUCUAAGAUACGAAGGAGGCCAUUUCUUUUGUAGAUCUGGCUUGUCUUCUCCUCUCCCCUCUUCCGUCUUCCUCCUUGUUUCGUUUUGCAGAUCUUGACGAUCCGGAGAUGUGGCCUCUGGCUUUGGACGCGGUUGGGAGAGCAUGAAGGCAGAAGUAUUUUCACCCUCUAUCUUCUUCCCCGACCGUCCGGUUGAUCGAACGUUUUCCUUUGGUGUGGUUGUCGGGAAGCUUCUAUUGAUUGGCUCGGGGUGGGAUGGUCGGAUGCGUCCUCCUCCUGCCUUCCGGGUUCGACGGGAUUCUCCUCCGGCUUUUCUUUCACAGUGACGGCUGGUGGUGGGAGGAGGAGCCGUGUCGUGAUCGUGUGGCGGUGGUGGACCUCGGCCGCGGCGGUGGAAGAGACCAGAGGGGGCUCUGGCGGCUAGGGUUGGGGAGUGCUCUCACAUGUUGGGGUCAUGGGCUUGGGCCCUAUUGGGUUCCGGGCUUGUUUUGUUUGGCCUGUUGUUUGAGUUUCUUGUUCCAAUUCUGAUGCUAGUAGCUUGUACUUUUCCGGUUGGGCUUUUAGCCCAUUCGUAUUCUUAAUGAAUCCUCUUUCAAAAAAAAACUUUGAUUUUCGGUGAGUAAUUGUGUUGGUGUGAAGAUGAAGAAUGCCAUUUACUAGAAUCAUUGGUCAGAUUAUUUUUGGUGUGUACGUUGACCUCUUGACUUACUAGAAGAACUCGUCAUGAUGCGUCGAGAUUAUAGCAGUAUAGAUUUACCUUUUUAUCAUAAAUAAAAUUAGGCGCAUGUAUGUUAUAUAUUUUUUUAUAACAAAAUCCUUAUUAUAAAAGAAAAUUUGCAUGUUUAUUCUUAAAAUGGUGACAUUUUGGUCGAUAGUGCUCCCUUACUCCUAGUUUUUCAUGAGUUAACAUACUUGAGGGUGAUGGAGUUUCCUAUACAUCACAAACGUGCUACUCGGUUGUGUGUCUAAACUAAUAUAGCAUCGGUUAGCUUGGAAAUGGUAUGAAUGAGAGAUGUAGCAGUAAAGCUGCUUGAUGAGCUGUGAAACUUAGCUCUUCGUGUGUCAUUAUUGUGAAGUUGUAACCAACCAAAAGAAUCCCCCACCACGAGGACCAAGAAAGGCCACCCACCAUCUUAUUCUUCACCACCACCAUUAAAUGCUCUUCCUCCCUUUCUCUCUCAACUGCUUGUUAAUCACCAAACUCAACCCCAACUGACCCAGAAAUUCAUUAUGAAUCCAAUCCAAAAAGGCCAAAGCAAUCACAUUUGGCAUGUAGCUACAUCUUCAUCCAGCUAGCAGAACACCAGAAACCACCCAACACCUGUCUCUCCUUCCUUAUAACCUCUCUCUCAACCCCUCUCCUUUCCAUUGAUCAACUUCCCUCUCAAAAACCAUGGAGUCUUUCUUCCCCAGGAGGCUCUCCAGCUACCAGAAGCUGGACUACGGUGGUGAAGAGUCACAAGAUGGAGGAGGUAUUGGCCAUUUUGAUGGUAGUUUCAUUGGAAGGCCAACAGCUAGGAGCAACUUGUUCAGGUUCAGAAGGGUGCAAUGGAGGCGGAGGAGAAGGAGAUCACCAUCAUCACCAGGCUUCAUCAGGGUCAAAGUUUCGAGCUUGAUUAGGAGGAAGAGAGUGGUGAUGAGGAUGGUUAGAGCUUCCAUCAGGAAAGUGCUGAAGAGGUUGAAAGAAGGCCAUGCUCAUUUUGGUGAUCUCUUCGCUGGGAACUAUCUAUUCCUGCAGAUCAAUCCUACUUCUUUGAAGUCCUUGCAGAAAAGUUACAAUAGUACUCCUCCUGGUUUUCACUUUAGCCCCAGGAUUCCUCAAUCAUGAUUGAGAUUUGAACAUCUUUGGUGUUUGUUGAAGUUGGUUCGGUUUUAGUAGUCAUUAGAUGGUGUAAUCUUCUCUAUCUGUGUCAAGUGUAAUUUACUUUCUAAUCUAAUGUUUCCACUCUUUUAAAAUACCUUCUUUCCUGACUUUCCCUAUCUGUAGUCCUUCUGAUUUCAUUGGACUGGGUAGAAAUAAAUGGCUGACUGAAUU